AUGAGUCAUUCCAGUAGCACAUCUUCAACACACAGUACAACCGGUCGUGCUCAUUACAAGGCAACGAGAACUGUAACAGGUCCUGAUGGAAAGACACAUACUGAAACGAUUGAUGUGUAUGAUGAUGAUGCUGUUAAGCUUAUGCGAGAUUUACGAUCCAACCAAGAUAAUGUACCUGAUUUAGAUGGAUUUGGAUUUCGUUCAUUGACCAAUCCAUCAAAUUUUUCUCAAUUAGAUCAACGUAUUAAUCGAGGAAAACGAUCACCAAAAUCCACGUCAUCUUCUUCGACAUCCUCGGCAACAGCUACACCUCACGAUUCAACUGUAGGUCAAAAUAACAAAGAAUUUUUGCAAGAUGCAUUGGAAAUUCAUAAUAGUCUAAGACUACGUCAUGGUGUGGAACCUUUACGUUUAAAUGAUGAUUUAUUGAAGUUAGCUCAAACAUGGGCUGAUCAUUUAGCAUCCACGGGAGCACUUGUUCAUAGUAAAACAAAAUAUCGAAAUGUGAAUGUUGGUGAAAAUCUUCGUUGCCAAUCAUGGCCAAUCACAGGUAAAGAAAUGACAGAAGCAUGGUAUAAUGAAUGCACUAAAUAUGAUUAUCGUAAUCCUUCGUAUCAACCAGGAACUGGCCAUUUUACACAAGUUGUAUGGAAAGGUUCACAAGAAGUCGGCUUUGCACGAGCACAGGGUGCAUCAAUGAUUUUCGCUGUAGCUAUGUAUUAUCCGCCAGGAAAUUAUGUUGAUGAUUUCGACAGAAAUGUGUUUUCUCCACACUGA